AUGAAUAGCUACUGUUCUUAUAAAAAGAAGUUCAAAGAAAGUGUAGCUCAGUUUGCUCAAGAAAAUAUUGCCCCUCAUGCCUCGAAAAUAGACAAAUCAAACUAUUUCCCAGAGGAAGUUAAUUUGUGGAAAUUGAUGGGGGAUUUCAAUCUCCAUGGCAUCACUGCCCCAGAGGAAUAUGGAGGACUUGGCCUUGGUUAUUUAUACCAUUGCAUUGCAAUGGAAGAAAUCAGCCGUGCUUCAGGGUCAGUUGGUCUGUCAUAUGGUGCACAUUCUAACCUAUGCAUUAAUCAAUUGGUGAGGAAUGGAACUCCAGCUCAGAAGCAAAAGUUCUUGCCAAAGCUUAUAAGUGGGGAGCAUAUAGGAGCUCUUGCAAUGAGUGAACCUAAUGCUGGCUCGGAUGUUGUUAGCAUGAAGUGCAGAGCUGAUCGUGCUGAUGGUGGUUAUAUUCUAAAUGGGAACAAAAUGUGGUGUACAAAUGGUCCUGUUGCCCAUACACUGGUUGUCUAUGCAAAAACUGAUAUGGCAUCUCGCUCGAAAGGAAUAACUGCAUUUAUCAUAGAGAAGGAUCUGCCAGGAUUUAGUACCGCCCAGAAGCUAGACAAAUUGGGGAUGCGUGGAAGUGACACAUGUGAGCUUGUGUUUGAGAACUGUUUUGUUCCGGAGGAAAAUAUUCUGGGCGAGGAAGGGAAAGGUGUUUAUGUAAUGAUGUCGGGAUUAGAUCUGGAGAGGCUUGUCCUGGCAGCAGGACCUCUUGGAAUCAUGCAGGCAUGCCUCGAUGUUGUUCUUCCCUAUGUUAAACAGCGAGAACAGUUUGGAAAACCAAUUGGAGAAUUUCAAUUUAUACAGGGGAAGGUUGCUGAUAUGUAUACUUCAUUACAGUCUUCAAGGUCAUAUGUCUAUUCGGUUGCCAGGGAUUGUGAUAGCGGACUGAUUAAUCCAAAGGACUGUGCUGGCGUGAUACUCUGCGCAGCUGAAAGAGCCACACAAGUUGCUCUUCAGGCUAUUCAGUGUCUGGGUGGCAAUGGCUAUGUGAACGAAUACCCAACAGGCCGUCUUCUUCGGGAUGCCAAAGUGUACGAAAUUGGGGCGGGAACCAGUGAAAUUAGGAGAAUGAUCAUUGGUCGUGAGCUGUAUAAAGAACAGUGA